UUUUAUUGAUAUAUUCAUAUCGUCUUUAAUUUAAAGUGCAUAUCAUAUGUUCCUUUUAUUAGUCAUUAGUUUUUUUUAUAUCUUUCAUUUUAGUGUAAGUUGGAAAAACAUUGAGAACCAUGCAAAAAGAAUGAAUUUAGCAUAUAAGUGACAAGACUAAAAUUAAGGCUUGAUAAAUUGAACAAAAAGCUUGCAAUGGACAUUCAGUAACAAAUUACUUUAAAAUGUUUUGAAUUUUUCUUCUUACAAACCAGACAAAAGCAUGUAACAUUGGUAUCCAAGACAUUUUAAGACAAAAAAAAAAGAUAUUCAUCAGCUGCCCCAUCAGCUUCCACAAUGAACGGUGGAUUCCUUCUGAAACUGGUGGCAGCUUUCUUUAUGACUGACAUAACAGGUUCAACAAUAAAACCUACAGAAUUAAAUGAAUCACCAACAGCUAAGAUAAUAACAAGUACAAUAAUGCAAAUGUCUGUUAAAGGAAGUGCACAACCAUCCAGUAUAUCCACUGUAAAGCAAUCAGGUUUUUCAGAAGAUAAUUUACUACCAACAAAUGAAGAAGGAAUGUCAACUGAUGUUGUGCAGUCUUUAUAUUUCAAAAGUGCCAGCACACCCAUCAGCAACUUUGUGUCGGCUGACACACCCACAAAGGAAGUCACUCAAGGACAGAUUUCUGAAUCACAGGCCACAGUUUCAGCAUUAACAGACACAACACACAUAAAGCUGUCAUCUAAAUCAGGCACGGCAGAACAAACUUCAACAAGAAAGCAGAACAAUGUCUCAGCCACAAUGCAAAGCUCUGUUGGCACCACAAAACUCGUUAAUUCAACAACACCCCAACAAAUGGAAUCUCCAGAACAAUCCUCUUUACCUACAUCUACAACAAAAACAGCAACACAGAUGCAAUCCAGUCAUCCAACAAGCAUUACUGAAGCAUCAACAGUGGAAUAUACUUCCACAUCAAUGCUUAAGACCAUGGUGACAGCAUCUACUGUUAUAUCACCUCCUUCUUUGAAUUCUACAAAAGGAACUUCUAGAAAAACCACAUCUUCAUCUCCAUUUGUUACCACAUCAAAAACAGAUGCUGGAAAAUUGGCAACAAAUAAACAAGGCACAGCAACAACACAAUUAGAAAACUCCUCAAAACAACUGACUUCAGAUGUGACAGCAAAGACCCAUACUUCGGCUGCAAAAACAACUAUAGAAUCAGGGGAUUAUGGAUCAGGGGUUACUCUGGUUUCUCCAUCACCACAAAAGGCAACACAAUACAUGACUGAAUCAACAAAACCACAGUCUCAGUAUAUUGCUACUCUUUCUGAAAAUAUAGGGUCAACGAAAACAACACAAUCAACAACAUUUACAACAAAACAACCCACAAGUGGAAAACCAACCUCUGGAUCAACAACCAUUCAUGGAGAAAGUGACCAUAUACUGGAAUCAUCCACUGUUUCAGAGGAAACCUUGGGAUCAACACAUAGUUCUCAAACACAAACAGCUACGUUGGUUUCAUCACUACCAAAUUUACAACACACUACAAGUUCAACAACAAAAUCAAAAGCUUCAAAGCUUCCAACAACAUCAACACCACAUAUAGGAGCAACAAUUAAAAUAACUACAUACAAGUUAGAAUCUAUGUCAACAAAACAAACACCGCAAACUACAGGGUCUUUAACAGUUGUUCAAACUGAUGGAAAAACAGAAUCUAGUCCAUUUACAAUCAAAACCCAAUCAUUUAGCACAGGGCACACUUCUAAAGAAAUAAUGGAGACCAAACCAUCUACUUCAAUGUCACCUUCAUCCGUGACUGCUGCAACAGAAACAACUGUACAGCCAACACUAUCCUCUUGGUCUAUGCCAACAAGAUCUACCAGAACAACAGAAAGCAAACCAAAAACAAGCAAUCAAGACAUGACACCAUUAGGAAAUACAUCGGGUAAAGUUACAUCAGCCUCAAAUAUUGCAACUACAAAAACAACAAACUCGCCAGAAUCAGCAACAUUUCAAAGUCAGAAUGAAGCUGAAUAUGAAACAACCAUAUCAGGGAAUGUUACAUCAUCUGCAGCGUUGUUAAUACAACCCUCUACAAUUGCAAACCAAUUGACUGGAUUAACAUCAACUACAGAAACAACGGAAAGUGGUUCAGUGUCUACAUCAACAAAACCUGUGAGUCAAACUCUAGACGUUGUUAAUACAACCCUCUACAAUUGCAAACCAAUUGACUGGAUUAACAUCAACUACAGAAACAACGGAAAGUGGUUCAGUGUCUACAUCAACAAAACCUGUGAGUCAAACUCUAGAGUCUGUAACAACCCUGCAAACAGCAACACAGACGCAAUCCAGUCAUCCAACAAGCAUUACUGA